GGUUCCGGUGGAGGCGGCGGGCCACUGUUCUCACUCGGUCCCUGGAGCUGACUUCGGGAAGCCCCAGCUCGUGCUGCCGGCCUGCCCCCGCGAGCUCCCGCUGCCAUGGAGACGCUGGUCCAUCCAGGCUCGCCCCGGCCGGACGUUGAGAGGCGGCACGAGCUGAAAGGCCGCGGGGCGCGCAUCCACCGUCCUGAGAAGCCGCGGGGCGGGGGGGUCAGGGAGAGGAUUUGUGGACCAAAUGAUCCACAAUCUGCAAUAAUCAACAAAGAGUUGCAUGUUGCUUUCUGCUAAGCAUUCGCUUUCUUUAUCAAAUCAAGACAAGUACCUAAAGUUGGCAGCACCUCAACACGAGAAUUUGAUAGGCCAGGUGUUCAUUGGGAAUGCUGUGGGCAGCAGUUUGACAAAGAGGAGGAUAUUCGCAAGCAUGUGGCCGAUGAACGUAUGCCUGAGCUUUUACAACACACGAAGAUGUUUGCCCAAAAUAACAAGUUGAUGAGUAUUGAUUCUUCAGAUCACAAUGUUGUAUCACCACAGCACAGUGGAACUGAAAAAGAAUUUGACAUAUCCAAGUGGUUGCCUGAUGCAAGUCACAUAAAUUUUGAUGAAGUAAAGUGUGUAGCGAGCGAAGUGCUGUUAUAUCACUCGCAUUGUGAUAUAGAGGAGCCACAACUGAUCUGCACCUGGCAAAAAGCCCUGUGUCGUCAGCUGCACUUAACAGGCAAGGUCUGCAUUUCUAAAGAGGGCAUUAAUGGAACCGUUGACGGAUACAAGAGAGCAACUGAACAGUACAUUCAAACGAUGCUUUCUCAUCCACAAUUUCAAGCUACGUCUACAGAGGACUUUAAGAUAAAGAGUGCAGGAAGAUCCCACUGUUUCCAAGACCCCCGUGUUGGAUUUUAUAAAGAGGUUGCUCCCAUGGGAGUAGAUCCUGACAAGAUUUCUUAUAAAGAUGCUGGAAUUCAUUUAACUCCUGAAGAGUCCCACAGAAAACUAGAAACAUUGUCUAACAGUGCCCAGAUUCGAAAAAACACCAUUCUCUUGGACUGCAGUAAUUUCUAUGAGAGUGAAAUAGUGACAAUUUAUGUUGCUCGGGGAAAUUUUCAAAACUGCAUUGCCCGUAAUAUCCGGAAAUUCAGCUACUUUCCAGAUUACGUAGAUACAAAUUUGGAAUGUUUCAAGGACUAACAGGUCCUUAUGUAUUGUACAGGAGGAAUCAGCUGUGAAUGAGGCUCAGCCUGUCUAAGGUCAAAGGAUUUGUGUGAGGAAGUUUACCAGCUCAAGGGUGGAAUUCACAAAUUUGAAAAGUUUCCAAGUGGUUUCUGCAGGGGAAAGUUGUGUUUUGACAAUUGCUAUGCCAUCUCUGCCAAUGAUGAUAUUAUUUCAGGCAAACCUUGUGAUGAAUACAGACUCUGCAGUACCUUUUACUGCUGUCAGCUUAUUUCAUCCUGUGUUCAGUGCAAAAAAGGUUUUCUAGCCUGUUGUAUUGUGUGCCAAGAAAAGGAAAACUCAACAUCUGAAACACAUUCGGGCCGCACCAGAAAAGGGGAAUGUGAAUGUACUAAAAAACGGGUGCGGAUUCCUGUCCUGUUCCUACAUUAGCUUUUUUAAACCCAGAAAAAGAGAGAUCAGAUUUGAAACUAUAGAGAUUUGCAUUUCCUCAGUGCCUUCAUAAGCUAAGACAUUUCAAAGUACUUAAGUACUUUUAAAGUGGAGUCACCAUGGUAAUGUAGGAAAUAUGGCAGCCAGUUUGCACAUCCUUCAUGCAGUGCAUAAAUGACUAGAUAAUCUGUUCAAAAGUUCUCAAAAAUCACUAAACUACACUAAUCCCAAUUACCUGCACUUAGUCGAUAGCCUCCUAUGUCCUGGCACUUUAACUGCUCGUCCAGAUCCUUCUUAAAUGUUGCAAGAAGACCUGCAUCCACCACCCUCUCAGGCAGCGUAUUCCCAAAUAUCUACCACCCUCUGGAUGAAAAUUCUUUUCCUCAGAUCUCCUCUAGACCACUUACUCUGCACCUUUAAGUUAUUCCCUUUGGUCUUGGCCACAUCUGCCAUGGGGAAGAGAUUCUCACAAUCUACUCUGUUUAUGCCUUUCAUAAUUUUAUAUACCUCAAUUAGAUCCUCCCUCAGCCUCUUCUCCAAGGAAAACCAACCCAACCUAUCCAGUCUCUCCUCAUAACUGAGGCAACAUCUUUGCUGCAUCCUCUCCAGCACAAUUGAAUCCUUUCAAUAGUGUGGCGACCAGAACUGCACAUAGUAUUCCAUCGGUGGCCUGAGCAAUGGUUUAUAAAGUUGUCACAAGACUUCUUUGCUCCUAUAUUCUACACCCCGGCUAACAAAGGCAAGUAUCCCCUAUUCCUUUUUCACCAUCUUGUCUACCUGUGUUGACACCUUCAGGGAUCUAUAGGCUUAUACACUAAAGUCCUUCUGUUUCUCGGUACUCCCCAAGGACAUACCAUACCUUGCAUAAAUUCUUCCCUCAUCAGACCUCCCAGAACAUCGCCUCACACUUAUCGGGAUUAAAUUCCAUCUGCUGUUACACUGCCCAGUUUACCAGAUUAUCAGUAACAGACUGUAGCCGGAGAUCAUCCUUCUUAAUAUCAAACACCACCAAUUUUCGUAUCAUCUGCAAACUUUAUAAUUAUAUCUUCUACAUUCAUAUCCAAGGUGCUUACGUACAUAACAAACAGCAAUGGUCCUAGUACUGAACCGUACCACUGAUCAGUGGUACACCAUUGGUCAUAGGCUUUCAAUCACAAAAACAACCCUUUCACCAUCACCCAUUGCCUCCUAUCUGUAAGCCAAUUUUGGAUCCAGUUUCCCCAACUUGCCUUGGAUCCUAUGGGCUCUUUACCUUUAGGAUCAGCCUUCCAUAUAGGACCUUGUCAAAGGCCUUACUGAAGACCAUAUAAACUAUAUCAACUGCACUACCCUCAUCAAAAUAUUUAGUCACUUAAAAUAUACUUAAGUUCUCUAGGACUCGGCCAGCUCCGUCAAUAGUGAUGCUACCUAGUCAUUAUUUGUGAUGGACUUUGAGGCCCUUGAUCCAGAGUACAUGCCAACCUCAGUGUUUUGUUAAAUUGCUGUUCAACAUGAAGAAAUGCUGAUUUAGAGAGGCAAUAGGUUGAAAUCAGCAGUUUUCCUUAUCUAUGUUUGACCUGAUGCUAUAGGCCUCAGGGAGUCUGGAGUCCAUGUUGAGGACUCCCUCCUAACUACAUUCCUGCAGCCGAAUGGCUAUGGAAUAGUCGAAAGGAAGGGCUUCUAUGAGCCACAAGUCGAUAGCAUGUAAACUUCAAAAUCAACCCUUUGCAUUUGCUGCCUGCCUGGUUGGUACCUGUAUCUACAAAUAAUUCUUUUCGAAACAAAUGAAGUUUUCUCAUACCUAAUGCUGUGGUAUUAGGGCCAUUUAUUUGGGUUUUAUAUUAUACAAGUGAAUCUGUUCCAAGUAAAGAUAAACAAAACAUCACUACCUUUAUUGCACAACAGUAUUACACAGGAGCUUUUAUUGAGCUUUUUCAAAGAAUGUGAAGCUACAGAAUGCCCAAAAUUGUGAUGCUUUAUUUGUCAUAAAGUGCAGGAAUCAAUACAUUCUACUUUUUGAAAAAACCACAACUUUGUAGAUUUAAAACCAAUAUUUUCACCUGCUUUGGGCAAAGCCUGCUCUGUUAAUCACAAAGUUUAAUUUCUGGAAUCAGUCUGAAAUUUAUAAAUCAAUUAUUCAUUCUCUGUUUAGACAAAAAAUGUCCCAGCUUUAGAAAUAAAUGGUUUCAUGGAAAAUAGAAGUCUGGUGUCCGUGAACUGCUGAAUACAGCUCCACGAGUGUGAGCAGUCUGGUCUUGAGUUUGCCAAUUGAAUGAAACAAUAACUUAUUUUGAUGAAUCUUUCAAAAUCUGAACAGAUCUCGGUUUUGAACUAGAACAGACUCUGCUUAAUUAAAAAUACGUCUUUGAAAAGGUUACUUUGGAUAUUCAAAAUACUUUUACUUUUAAGGCACGUUGUAAAUAUAGCCAAUAAAUCAUUUCAAGUCAUUUCCUGCUCUCUCUUUCUCAGCAGUGAGAACAUCUGCAGUAACAUGAAGAAUAAACAGACGCUGCAUCUCCUCGGAUUUGAUAUCUCAAAAAGCAAGUGUUUAAAUAAAUUCCCAUGAUUUUAAAUCUACCUAAAAUAAAUAUUUUGAUUUAAAAACAAAAA